AUGGUGCCCUUACCGCCCUGCCCGUGCAUGGAGGCUUCACCUCGCUCUCUGCGCAUGCGCUAUCCACCCCGAGCCACUCAGCGCUGCCCACGCCGCUCCUGUGGGCCUCCCGCCUUCCUAACUGCGCAUGCGUACGACGCCCCCUCGCGGUGGCGCAACAGGGAGGGCGCCGCUCCCUCGCUGGGGAAUCUAUGGGUUCGAGACCCGCUGCGGCCAGUCGGGGGUCGCACUGACCCCCUGUCAUGUCCCUGUGUCGCCCCCCUCGAUGUUUCACCUCGGGUGUCACCCCCCCGAGGUGUCCAGCGCUGGGCAGGGGAGGGCCCCGCCUCCCUCCCCAGCAGUGUGGCAACACCACCGCCACCCUCCUUCCUUCCUUCCUCCCUCUCACGGUCCCGCAGCAUGAGUAGGGUGGGGGGUCCCGCGGAGGCUGAAGCCUUCUCCCCCUGCCAGGCACCCACCCUGCAGACCAAGGUGUUCCAGUACCGGCUCUGGGAUGUGAACCAGAAGUCGCUGUACCUGCGGGAUGACCAACUGCUGGCCGGGCACCUGCAAGGGGCCAACGCCGCCCUGGAAGAGAAGGUGUUCUGGGUGCCCAACCGUGCCUUCGAGCCCACCCGGCUCCCCGUCAUCCUGGGCAUCCGCAACGGCACCCGCUGCCUCGCCAGCCACCCCAAAACCAGCACCACCCCGGCACUGCAGCUGCAGGCCGUGGACAUCCGGGAGCUGCCCCACACCGGGGAGGCCUCGGCCGCCUUCACCUUCUUCCGCUCCUACAAGGACGGGCUGUGGCGCUUCGAGUCCGCUGCCAACCCCGGCUGGUUCCUCUGCACCUCUGCCCGGGGCCACCAGCCCCUGGCGCUGUCCCGCAGCCACGAUGCCACCCACCUGCUCGACUUCUACUUCCAGCUCUGCUGAGCCCCCCUGGCACAGCCGUGGGGACACUCCCAACUGGGAACAGGGACGUCCUCAGCCUGGGGACAAUGGCACCUCCCCCAGGAUAGUGCCAGCUCCUUGGGGAGGGUGACAUCCCCACCCAGGUUGGUGACAUCCUCACCCCGAGGAUGGUGCCAGCCCCCUGGCGAAGGUGACAUUCCGCUGGGGAAAGUGACAUCCUCACUCCAGGGUAGGUGCCAUCCCCCCAGGAUGGUGCCAUCCCCUUCGGAAGGGUGGCAUCCUCCCCAGGAGAGUGGCAUCCUCGCCCUGGGCAUGGUGCCAGCCCCAUGGGGACGGUGACAUCCUCACCCCCGGGCUGGUGCCACCACCCUCCCACCACCUCCGACAGUGCCAUCCCCGCGGGGACAGCGCCGUCCUCCCCCCUGCGCCGCUGAGGCAAUAAAGAUGCUCAGGCCAG